AUGGAGCGUGAUUUCUUCGGAGAUCUACCGUCAGAAAUCACGACUAACAUCCUCUCACGUCUGCCCAUCCGAAGCCUCGCAAUCAGCAAGUCCGUUUGCAAACCAUGGCUCAAUUUUAUCGAUUCCCACACAUCCGAAAUCAAAACCCCACCCGCCCUAGCUCUCCUGAAGCUGAAGGAGAAUGAGAGGGACUCAACUCAGUGCUCGAUUUUCGAAAUUGAAGACGAAGAAGAAGACGAAGACGAAGUCGAUGCGGAGAAGAGCCAUGAUCGUCACUACAUUCCGCUCACGGAUUUCGAUCUCCCUCGCCGAAACAGUGGAACAACAGAAGGUAUGACUGCUAAUGGAUUGACUCUUCUCAACGAACUAUCAAGAGAAUGUAAUCCUCUUUACAUAUGCAAUCCGAUAACUCGUGAAUAUACGGAGCUCUGUUGCCCCGAGGACUACAGCCUGGAUCAUUCGUUGCGUUUUGGAUUUGGUGUGAGCAAAAUAAGUGGGCAAUAUAAGGUCGUCUGCAUCAUUAAGGGCACCGACUCCCGUUAUGUAUACACCCUCGGAACAGGAACAUGGAGGCGUGUUGAAGCUGGGGCUGCUUCUGGUUUCAACUUUUUUUGUGAUCUAACCGUUGAAUGUAAUGGAAACAUUUACUGGAAAGUAUAUGAUUUGUGUGAUAACAUGUGGAUUUGCGGUUUUGAUGUUGAAACAGAAUGUUUUAGAAUCUUCUCCAUUCCUCCCAUGAGAGAUCGAUAUCGAGAUUGGUUUUUGUGUGUUUUAAGGGACCGCCUCUGUUAUUGUAUCCCAUAUGAGAAUGACAUUGUCCUCUGGAUGAUGAAGGAAUACCAAGUCGAGGAUUCUUGGACCAUAGAGUACAAGUUGAGUACUAUGGGUUUUGAUUUUGAUUGGGAAUUGGAUUUUGAUUAUGACUAUGUUUUCCCGAUUAAACUUUUUAAAGAUGGUGAUAUUUUGAUGUUGCUGAACGAUAAACGUCUCAUCUACUACUCCAACAAGACAAGAACGUUUCAACAAGUUGGUAUGUUUAGGGAUAGAUCUGUGCUUCAACUCAACGCCCUGAUUUUCACUCCUAGACUUUUCUCACUCAAGAAUUUCGGAUUCGAGAAUGUGAUCUCGUUUUAG